AUGGACGCGCACAAGAGCCCCGACGAUUCCACCACGGGCGCCGUGGGGGCCGAUACGAGCGCCACCGCGGCCGGCGGCGCCAAGCGUCACAAGAAGCACAAGUGGCGCGACGGGAAGCGUCAGCGCCGGCAGUCCGCCGAGGAGGGGCAAAAGAGUCCCGACUCGGCUGCGUCCAACACGGAGAUGAGCGCCAAGGCCCGCAAGCGGCCGAAGAAGAGAGGCGAGCACCGCGACGACGCUGGCGCGACAGAUGCGCAGAAAAGUCCGGAGGUGCUCACUGCUUCACCCGACGCCCAGAAGGAGUCGCCGCCCGAGCUCCCGCCGGUGCUGCCUCCUCCUCCUUCCACCGACCAGAUGCCAGUGCGCCUGGCUCCGCAGCAGGCUCCUGUACUGCACCAACCUACUCCGACUCGGGUUGAGCCCCCGGCUCAGAAAGAUGGCGCUGGCGCUCCUCAUGUACCGGCCACCGAAGAGAGGAAACCUGACGACGUCUUCCUGGUGUCCGCGGUGGCCUGCAUCGUAAUCAUCGCGGGCCUCGUCCUGGCACUGGUGGGCAUCAUCCUCGGAAUGUCCGUGCCGGCCGCCGAACACGGCUGCCCGCCGCUCGACAAGCCGCUCGCGGAGGGCAACGUCAUGGCGGUGACCAAGAGCGGCCGGCUGGUCGGCAGCGAGGUGACCGUGGACGGCGUGGCUCUGUGGCGCUUCCUGGGCAUCCCGUUCGCCCAGAGCACUGCGGGCGAUCGCCGAUUCGCGGCGCCGAUGCCGCUGGCCGAACCCGCAGACAGGUGCGGGCUGCAGGAGUUCCUCGAGCCGCGGCCACCGUGCGCCCAGUGGGUCGACGGCAGCGUGGUCGGCUCCGAGGACUGCCUGCGCGUGAACGUGUGGACAUCCGCGGUCACGAUGGAAGACAAAGCCCACGGCGGAGGCCGCGCCCUGGUGGUCGCUGUCUCCGGGAGGUGGUUCGAGACGGGCUCCAACGACGACCCCGACUGGCCGAAGCUGGCCGCCAAAGGUGGUGUUCUCUGCCUGCCGAAUUGA